AUGGCAACCCUCGGAGCAUAUCAGAAGAAGCACAAGGUGGCCAUUGUUGGCUCCGGCAACUGGGGCACUACCAUCGCCAAAGUUGUCGCCGAGAACACGCAAGCCAACAGCGACCUGUUCGAGCAGGAUGUCCAGAUGUGGGUCUUUGAAGAGGAGGUCCCUAUUCCGAAAGAGUCGAAGCACUACAAGGGCGACGACAAGGCCCAGAAGUUGACCCACAUCAUCAACGACAUCCACGAGAACGUCAAAUACCUACCCAACGUUGCUCUGCCCAAGAACAUCAUCGCCAAUGCCUCGCUCGAAGAUACCGUCAAGGACGCUAGCAUCCUGAUCUUCAACCUGCCUCAUCAGUUCAUCGAGAAGACAUGCAACACGCUUCAGGGCAAGAUUCUGCCUUAUGCUCGCGGUAUCUCUUGUAUCAAGGGUGUCGAGGUGUCGGACAAGGGCAUUGAGCUCUUCUCGGAAUGGAUCGGUCGCAAGUUGAACAUCUACUGCGGCGCCCUAUCCGGUGCCAAUAUCGCUACCGAGGUCGCCCUUGAGAAGUUUUCAGAAACUACCGUCGCAUACGACCCUCCGUCCAUGGAUAGCCAGCAGCCCACUCCUAAAGGCUCGCCUCGUUCUUCCGAGAUUGACCUCUCUCAGCUGAGCGGCAAGCAAGAUCAACACCAGAAGAUCAAGCUCUUCCCUUUGCCUACCGAGUAUCCCCCUCUUAGCCACGACAACGUCAAGAAGAUCUUCCACAGACCCUACUUCCACGUUCGCAUGGUUUCGGAUGUUGCAGGCGUAUCGCUUGGCGGUGCUCUGAAGAAUAUCGUCGCUCUGGGCGCUGGUUUUGUUGAUGGCCUCGGCUGGGGUGACAAUGCUAAGGCAGCCGUCAUGCGUGUCGGUAUCCUGGAACAAGUGAAGUUCGGCAAAAUGUUCUUUGCCGACUCCGUCCGCACUGAGACCUUUACCGAGGAGAGCUGCGGUGUAGCAGACUUGAUCACUAGCUGCAGUGGUGGCCGUAACUUCCGCUGCGCAAAGAUGAGCGUCGAGCGCGGCAUGACCAUUGAUGAGGUUGAGAAGCAAGAGCUCAACGGCCAAAAGUUGCAAGGUACCAGUACCGCCGUCGACGUCAACAACUUCUUGAAGAAGCAAGGCCUUGAGGAUGAAUUCCCUCUAUUCACUGCCAUCUACAACAUCCUCGAGGGCAAGGACAAGGCCGAAAACAUUCCCGAGCGCAUCGAAUCGAAAAAGUACCCAUGA